GUCAUGACAGGUCCUAUUGUGACCUCAUGAGGAGUGAUUGUGAGGUGGCCCAGCAAACACAUAUUAAGCUGUUGCCAGGCCUGGAAUUCUUUGAGUGCUUUGAGAGGAGGUGUGGAGUGGAGCCCUCUGCGACUUGGUUGUAUCUAGUGAGCUGUGUGUGGUUGUAUCGAAUUUUACUGUACUGUGUAUAUGUGUAUGUAUCAGUGUGUGUAAGAGAGUGUGUGUUGACAGAUUGGCCUGUGUGUGAGUGCGUGUACACUUUUGCCUGUGUGUUUGUCAGUAUAUGUAGGAGUGUGUGAGUUUACAGGUUUUUAUGUGUGUAUGUGUUUGUAUGUGUGUAUGUCUUCUUGUGCGUAUGUGUAUCCCUGUGUGUAUGUGUGUAUGUGUCUGACGUGUGUUUUUUCAGCUUUGCUUGUGUGUAAGUAUGCGUGUUUUGUGUGAAUCUGGGUGUUUGUAAGAGUUUGUGUGAGUAUAAGUUCACUUCUGUGUAUUUCUGUGUGUGUUCCUGUGUGUGUGCCUGUGCCUGUGUGAGUGCCUGUGUGUGUGUGUGUGUCUGUGUGUGUCUGUGUGUGCACGUGCCCAUCCCCUUUUGCCCCUUGUAUCUAUAUUACCUGCACCUCAGUGCAAGAGAGUGUAGAGGCCAGAAGUCACCCCGGCUGCUGUUCCUGAGGUAGCAUUAGUACUGAUAAAAUGCCUACAGAGACUGAGGAGGAGUUACCAACCCCUACACCCGAGCCCAGUAUCUCUGAGGAGGGCAACUUCCAUUCCCAAUACCAAGUAUUGGGGACAAUUGGGCAAGGGGGCAACGCCAAAGUCCUCCUGGCCCACCACCGGCUCACAGGAACCCCGGUGGCUGUCAAAGUUCUGCGAAAGGACAAGCAGUGGUUCCAGCCAGCCAUGAUGGAAGCAAACAUAAUGAGAAAGAUCAACCACCCCAACAUAGUGUCUCUCAUACAAGUUAUUGAAAAGGAAACGAGAAUAUACCUCAUAAUGGAGCUGGUGGAAGGCCAAGAACUCUACCAGUACAUCAGAGAGUCAGGGCACAUAGAGGAGGAUGAGGCCCGGCAAAUAUUUGAACAGAUAUUGUCAGCAGUGAGCUACUGCCAUGGAAAGGGGAUUGUUCACCGAGACCUCAAACUGGACAAUAUAAUGAUUGAUAAAAACAAAAAGGUCAAAGUCAUCGACUUUGGGCUUAGCACCCAAUUUCAACCUGGAAAAAUGCUAAACCACCACUGCGGCACGUACUCUUUUGGUUCCCCUGAACUCCUCCUUGGCCAUCGGUAUGACGGGCCGAAGAAUGAUAUGUGGAUUAUAGGAGUGGUCUUGUACUGUAUGGUAGUGGGAAAGCUCCCAUUUGAUUCAGUGAUCAUCCAAGAACUGCAAAGACAAGUAGUGGCAGGGGUAUAUCCUGCUCCCUGUGGGGUUUCAAAAGAACUGGAGGACCUCCUUAGUAAAUUACUGAGGGUAAAUCCCAACUUUAGACCAACAGCAAGAAAGGCGAUGAAACACCCUUGGUUCAAAGAACACUGGAACGGAUUGAUAGGUCCCUAUGAAGAAAUGCUUCCCCUCACACCAGACCCGGCCAUUUUGGAUGCCAUGAAAAGCAUUGGAUUCCAAGCCUCUGUAGUAAAACACUCUUUAAAACAAAGAAAAUAUAAUGAGGAAAUGGCAACUUAUUUCUUUCUACAAAAGCAGGCUCUCCAGGGGGAUGGCUGCACAGCCCAGGCACAGCAAAUGAGUCCCGUUGCAGCACCAUUCCCUAGCCUUGAUCCUGCUGCUGCUUUUAGAUUAGAACCAAAGAGGAGUGGAAGCCUGCCAGUCCUUGGCACCUUGCGGGUGUCAUCCUCCCAUGGUCACGUAUCUCACUAUGGCCAGAAUGCUCAUCCAAAAGGAGGCAAAAGAUCCACUGUGGCUGGUCGUCUCAGGCCUCUACCGAUGACACCUACACAGGACCACUAUCACAAAUGUGCCGUGAGUGUCCCAUGCAUUCAAACAACAAGCAUCUUCACUGAGAAGAGUAGCAAUAAGGAAAUCAAAGAAGACAACCCACUCUCCCACAGAGCCCCAUUAGAGGAUAAGCCCAUCCCCAGCAGGGUCCGGCACAGAGGUUUUAAGGGGUGGACCAGGAAUAUAGCAAAUGCCCUGAUAAAGCUGUGUUGCUGCAUGCCAAGGAGAAAGAAACCUCGCCUGGGGCAGAACAGAAUCUCCCCCCAGAAAUGA